CGAAAAAAAAGUUUUUUGAAUGGAAGCACUCGGGGCAAAUCUCGGCCAGAGUGAAAUAGCCCAAAAAGAUGCGGUACUCCACAGAACGUGAUUGACGCUGAUUGGACUAUAGCCUAUAUCCAGAGGCUCUAAUUUUACGACCUUGAAUUCCCCGGAGGGCGCGGGCACGUGUAUAAAAGCUCGAGCAGUCGCGGUGGCGAGCACAGUCCGGAUUUAUCCCAGUGAGUGAGAUCGUGUGGAUUAUAAACGUUAAUGAGGAGAAAUGACUAACUCACAGGAAACGACCCUGCGCGACACCGCUCCUCCACACACUGCUGCAGAUGCAGUGAGGAUGAGGAGGAGAAAGGCUCAGUGGCUGGUUUCAGGCAUGUUAAGUCUGUCUUUGCUCAUUGUUGUGAUGGGUAUCUACACCAGCACACGCACUGAGAGUGUCAGCAUCACAGGAUACAUGUCUGGGAUUAUCUUGGCGUUUGGAUCAUUCUUGGGAGUUCUUGGACUAUGCCUGGAGGAAAACCGCAAACAGCUGCUGGUUGCAGCCAUUGUGUUCCUGAGUUUUGGUAUCAUUUCCAGCUUCCUGUGUCUUGUGGUUGAUGGUGUUUUCAUCUUACUCAACAUUGAUAUGCGUCCAAUGAAGGCAGGAAGAUGUCAGUUCUACACCAGUGGAAAUAGUUACAUCUAUGAGAACUACUACGCUACAGUUCCCUGUCAAGGACUAACAGAGUCCUGUAAUAUGAAAGUUCGCAGUGGAACGUGUUACUGUUGUGAUUUGUAUGAUUGUGCCAAUGGAGGAUAUCUGAACAAUUACUAUGAGUUUGUUGGUGUGCAGAGCUGUCAGGAGGUCCUUUCUCUGUAUGUUCUCCUCUGGAUCCUAACCACCCUCAACCUGCUGGCCUUCGUGUUUGGAAUCCUUACCACUGCUGUACUGGGAAGUUUCAAAGACAUGAGGAAUGGGGUGGUCGGUUUUGAUGUGUCCAAGUGGGGAGGUUCAUCUCUGUUCUCUUUUGAUGGGGCCAACUGUUCAUCCCCCACUGCACCCCUGCUAACAGACCCUAACACACACACAGGACACCAGCUCUACCCGAGAGCAUCACUUUAUGUUUCUCCAGCAGCACCUGCAGGAUCUAGUGUAUCUCCAGGAGGAUCAUCAGAUGCAUCCCAUGUACAGCCCAACCCUCCUCCCUUCGCCCCCCUCUACAACCUGCUACCCUACAAGACCUCCAGCUUCUCAGCUUAGAACAUCUGGAUCCAAACCAAAAGACAUUUAGACUGAACUCCCCUUAAACACAACAUGACAUCGAAGUGGACUGUUUGCUUUCUGAAUAAAUGUCCUUUGUCUUAUUGUGCAAGAUUCAUCACUGUAUGUUAUUCUCAAGAAAAACAGGUUGUUUUCAUCAGAAUGUCUUUUACAUUCUUCACCUCUGUAACAACUUUUUUUUCUGCUGCAAGCCUGUGUAGAUGGGGAAAAUAAUACUAACUAAUUGUAUUUUUCUACUUGAUCAAACAUGAUCAAACCCUGAAGGAUAAAUGAAGUCCCACUAUUCUAUUUUAGUUGUCAAUUUUAGACAUUUACUGAAGAAAUGCAUUGCUAAUUACAUUUCAUGUUGUCUUUAAGGUGAUAUUAAGAUGCAGAAUUAGAGUCUAGUUCUGACUAUGACUGCAGUAUAUACAGUAAAUACAAUUUUGAUAUAUCAUAUUAUAACAGGGCUAAUUUAAAAACAAUUACACUAAGGACUAAUUACAAUCAGUUGUAGACUGUCUCAGUUUGAACUAACUUCACCACUGACUAACUUUAAUUCUCAUCAAUCUGUUUUAUUCUGUCAUACUUCAAAAUCACGGUCAUUUAUUUCAUCUUCUUGAGAACUUGAGGAUAGAAACAGACCUUCAAAAUUCCAGUCUGGAUGUAUAUGAUGUGUGAAUGUUUCUUUUGAUAAAGGUGAAUUGUUGUUUUUAUCUAAUGUUUUAUGUCUUUUAUACUUAAAAGUGGUACUUUUAUUUUAAUUAUAUAUAUAUAUAUAUAUUGUUUUCAAGUCAGGGCAUUUUCCCCAUGUUUAAGAAGCAGUUCAUAUUUUAUACCAAAGGUUAUGUACUUGGCAGUAAAAUAAAAAACUUUACAUGA